AGCUCCUUCGUCUUCCCGCCUCGGGUGACUGUUUGACAACGCUCCUCUGGACUGUUCCGUUUCAGCUUAUAUUCAGGCUAAAAAUAAUGCAGUGCAGUCAGCACAGCUACCAGGUCCUUUUACCAUGGAUGAUCACUAUUCCAAGCUGCCAGCUGAGUUACGGGAGGCUAUCCUUCAGUUCGUGUUCGAUGAUCUCGGUAACAAAGCAUUCGUGAACGUUCUCUGCGUCAACAAGACAUGGCAUCUCGAUGGCGUGGCAAGUCUUUGGCAACAAGUCACUCUGCGAUCGAUAUGGUUUAUCUACCGCUCUCAAAGGGCUAUGAUCUAUCUCGCCAGCAUUCGUUCGCUUGUCUUCGGCUUAGACGACGGUAAAUACCACCAGGAAAUCAUCAGCCAUUGUGGCAAACUAACGCUCCCACAUCUGCAAGAAAUUUCUUUUCUGCCUGGAUUUUCUUUCAAGCAUAUAUCGCUCGACUACCUUAUCCCCUAUCUGCAGCCUUCACUUCGCAAAUUUCGCUGUGCAGGGGUCCCAGUACAACUUACCUUUUUGAUGUCUCUGAAAUCGGCAUGUCCAGAACUCGAGGGAAUCAAGGUCAAAUUACAAACUCACAUGAAUUCUGCAACAUAUGAUCCGGUGUUCGCUGAUUGGGUGUCCGAGAUGUCAUCACUCCGCUCUAUUUCCCUGUUCAAUACAGGAAGUGGUCGCCGGGAGGACUUCAACAACAUGAGAUGCAGAAUUCCGUUGGAUUUCACGCUCCAUCACUUGGUCAAGCGGAAUCUUCGAUCUCUAGAAUUAGAACACCGCUUAGAGGACAUUGAUCUAUUAAGAAGUAGUCCAGCCUUUGAUACCCUGCGUGAGCUGAGCAUCAUCAUUACACCGGAAUCGGUUGGUCGCCUCCGAGAUUUCAAAAUUCUCGAUAAGUUGCAUAUCUACAUAGAUGGCGUGUGCUCAGAUGACCUAUUGCCUUCAGUUACUUCACUCGUCAAUUUGCGGUCCUUGAAAAUCAUCCUAGGGGUCCUGCAAGAACUGAGAACUGAGCAUGUUAUGCUGCUGAAAUCACUUUCCAAACUGAGACUACUCGAAAUCAGAACCAGCCAAAAGGGGCAUAUUGAUGGCUUUGCAUCGGAGAACUAUCUUCCACUCACGGUUGGGCCUUUCAAUGAGGAACACUUUGGUCAACUUGCAUCGGCGUUACCGAAGAUAGAACAUCUCUGUCUUAUUUUCAACUGGAAACCGAUUAGUUCCCAUGUCUUGAAAACGGUGGCCUUCAUUUGGCCUCGGAUCCAGUAUCUGGCCUUGGGAUAUAACAUCGACAUUAUAGAGAGUGUUAUCAUCUCCCAUUUGGACGGACCAUUUCUUCCGUGCUUGAAGCAGUUUACGAAAGUUAGGUCCUAUGAAGCUGAUGUUUCUGAAGAUCCUCCAACAGUCAUAUCAGACCAGGAAGUUGAAAUUGAGAGGAGGUUUGAUAACGUAGAAAGAGCGACCCGCAACCUUCGCGAUGCGUUUCCUGCCCUUAAACGAGUUGAAUUCAAAAACUCUAGGACUGAGCGUGGAAUAGUUGCCAGAGAGGUCCGUAGAGUGUGGCCCGGCAAUGAACAACAGUGGUCGCGUUAUCGUUUGAACUGGGAGUGGGAUUUUGAGUAGAAAUAGUGUGGUAGGGUUCCAAGCGACAAUGUAGCUAGUGAGUUUGAACAGUCUCCACCUACGGGAUAACUCAAUUCGGAAUACUUUUCUUCUUCAACCUUCCAGCCUCGGGCAGGCCCCCGUACAUGUACAAUUGAAGGUCCUCACGGAAGUGCCAAAUGCCAGCCCAAUCACCCUCAUUGGUGCUGGAAGUAGUCUGGCUUUCUCUUCGAAGUGAGUUCUGUUAC